AUGGCGGACGCGGAAGUCCUUAUUUUGCCGAAGAAACAUAAGAAGAAAAAGGAGCGGAAAUCAUUACCAGAGGAGACUGUGGCGGAAAUACAACAUGCUGAAGAAUUUCUCAUCAAACCUGAAUCCAAAGUGGCUCAGUUGGACACAUCUCAGUGGCCCCUGUUGCUAAAGAAUUUUGAUAAGCUAAAUGUAAGGACAACACAUUACACACCUCUUCCUUGUGGUUCAAAUCCUCUGAAGAGGGAGAUUGGGGACUACAUCAGGACAGGUUUCAUUAACCUUGACAAGCCCUCCAACCCCUCUUCCCAUGAGGUGGUAGCCUGGAUCCGGCGAAUACUUCGGGUCGAGAAGACGGGACACAGUGGAACCCUGGAUCCCAAGGUGACUGGUUGUUUAAUAGUGUGCAUCGAACGAGCCACUCGCUUGGUGAAAUCACAGCAGAGCGCAGGCAAAGAGUAUGUGGGGAUUGUCCGGCUGCACAAUGCUAUUGAAGGGGGGACUCAGCUUUCCAGGGCCCUAGAAACCCUGACAGGUGCCUUAUUCCAACGACCCCCACUUAUUGCUGCAGUAAAGAGGCAACUCCGAGUCAGAACCAUCUACGAGAGCAAAAUGAUUGAGUAUGACCCCGAAAGACGAUUAGGAAUCUUCUGGGUGAGUUGUGAGGCUGGCACUUAUAUUCGGACGCUGUGUGUUCACCUUGGUUUGUUGUUGGGAGUUGGUGGUCAGAUGCAGGAACUCCGGAGGGUUCGUUCUGGAGUCAUGAGUGAAAAGGACCACAUGGUGACGAUGCAUGACGUGCUUGAUGCCCAAUGGCUGUAUGACAACCACAAGGAUGAGAGUUACCUGCGGCGAGUUGUUUACCCUUUGGAAAAGCUGUUGACGUCUCAUAAACGGCUGGUCAUGAAAGACAGUGCAGUGAAUGCCAUCUGCUACGGGGCAAAGAUCAUGCUUCCAGGCGUCUUGCGCUACGAGGACGGCAUUGAGGUCAAUCAGGAGAUUGUGGUCAUCACCACCAAAGGGGAGGCCAUCUGCAUGGCGAUUGCUUUGAUGACCACAGCAGUGAUCUCCACCUGUGACCAUGGCAUUGUAGCCAAGAUCAAGAGAGUUAUCAUGGAGAGAGACACUUACCCUCGGAAGUGGGGUUUAGGGCCGAAAGCGAGUCAGAAGAAGCUGAUGAUCAAGCAGGGCCUUUUGGACAAGCACGGCAAACCGACCGAUAGCACGCCUGCCACCUGGACGCAAGAGUACGUCGACUACAGCGAUUCUGCCAAGAAAGAUGUGCCAGCCAAAGUGGUCAAAGCCACGCCGGUUGUUGCUGAGGUGGUAAAAACCCCAAAGCGGAAGCGAGAGAGUGAGAGUGAGGACACGUCCCCGGUGGCUCCACAGGUGGUCAAGAAGGAAAAGAAGAAGAAAAAGAAGGAGAAGGCCAAAGCUGCUGUGGAUAGUACGGAGGAGCCAGGAACUGGGGAUAGUGACAGCACCAAGAAGAAAAAGAAGAAAAAGAAAAUCAAAGCGGAAAUGGUCUCCGAGUAA